UCUCUCUCUCUCUCUCUCUCUCAGUAUAAGUGUAGCUGACUCGUCUCUCUCUCUCUUUCUCUCUCUCUCUCUCUCUCUCAGUAUAAGUGUAGCUGACUCGUCCCUCCCUCUCUCAGUGUCAUUUCUGGCUGUUACCUGCUCCGUGCUCUCUCUUGCCCUCAUUUAGUCUCUCUCUCUCUCUCUCUCUCUCUCUCUCUGUCUCUCUCUCUCUCUCUCUCUCUCUCUCUCUCUCUCUCUCUCUCUCUCUCUCUCAAUCUCUCUCUCUCUCUCUCUCUCUCUCUCUCUGUCACACACAUGAAUACGUGUGUUAUUGCCAUGAUUCUGACACACACUCGAGCACGUUUGUGGGAUUAGACACGUUGUGUGUGUGAGUGUGUGUGUUUGGAGGUUAAGGAUGAUACACCUCGCAUGGCUACUCCUGAUCUCCGGGAUCCCGCGUGUUACAGCAAGUUAUCCGAUAUGGUGGUCGUUAGCGGUGGGUCAUCAGUACUCAUCUGUAGCAUCUCGGCCGGUGCUGUGCAGCUCCAUCCCGGGUCUAGUGCCGAAGCAGCUGAGGUUCUGCAGGAAUUUUGCAGAGGUGAUGCCCAGUGUGGUGCAGGGCCUCAGCAUCGCCAUCCGAGAGUGUCAACACCAGUUCCGUGGACGUCGAUGGAACUGCACUACUCUCAAUGACACACUCGCCAUCUUUGGUCCCGUCCUAGAUAAAGCUACGAGGGAAGCUGCUUUCGUUCACGCCAUCGCGUCUGCGGGAAUAGCGUUUGCCGUAACCCGAGGAUGUGCUGACGGUUCUGCUACCAUCUGUGGCUGUGAUAUGAUGCGGAAAGGUCCCCCGGGGGAGGGGUGGAAGUGGGGUGGCUGCAGCGAGGACGUGGACUUCGGGAACAUGGUGUCACGAGAAUUCGCCGACGCACGAGAGAACCGACCCGAUGCCCGAUCCGCCAUGAACCGCCACAACAACGAGGCCGGCAGGACGUCCAUCAGCGAGCACAUGUACCUGAAGUGUAAAUGUCACGGACUGUCAGGAAGCUGCGAGGUGAAGACCUGCUGGUUUUCACAGCCGGACUUUCGCAAAAUCGGUGACUACAUGAAGGACAAAUACGACAGCGCCUCUGAGAUGGUGGUGGAGAAACACAGGGAGUCUCGGGGUUGGGUUGAAACCCUGCGGCCCAAAUACACCUUCUUUAAACCGCCCACCGAAACCGAUCUGGUCUACUACGAAAAUUCACCCAAUUUCUGUGAGCCGAACCCGGAGACGGGUUCGUUUGGGACGCGGGAUCGGACGUGUAACCUGACGUCGCAUGGCAUCGACGGCUGCGAGCUGCUCUGCUGUGGGCGUGGACACAACACGAGGACAGAGGAGCGCAAAGAGAAAUGUCACUGUGUCUUCCACUGGUGCUGCUACGUCAGCUGUCAGGAGUGCAUGCGCGUCUACGACGUCCACACCUGCAAAUAACUCCCCUUAUUGACCUACUUAAAAAACAGCGUACAAGCAGCGUGUGUCCCGACUCUGCCAAGUGACGCGGCUUUCCGCAUGCUAAAUCUCAAAUACUGAUCUUUUAAAAUCUUUCCCUGUCAUGAUGCUAAGCAACCAGCAAUUACCAGCGAUAAUGGACUACAACGUCGAGGAAGAAUUGUUUAGAGCAAAAAUGAGCAAUAAUAAAUUCAACUAUUUAUUAUUCCACUUCACGUCGUACCUAAUGACCUUACCUGUUAGAACAUCACUCUAACAACCCCCCCCCCCCGUUAUAUUUUUUAAUUAAACACAAUAUAAUGCUGACGGUAGCUAGCUCCGUAAAGAUUAUUAACGCUAAAACGCUUGUCACUCUGCAAAAUCAGGACCUCUGGGAAGCUGAGGAGAACAAAAGAAGACAGGUUUCCCCCAAACAACUUCAUCACUCCUUCAAGAACCUUCUGUGGAAAUAUCCGUCUUGAUUAAAGCUGUGGAGUCUUCCAAACGCAGCCUGUGCCCUCGCUCGCGUAUGUAAAGGGAAGGUCCAGCUGGAGAUGGAUGGAGAUCCUGCACUGAAUAACAGGAAUAAUGAAUAAUGUCUCAUUACACUCUACUGAGCAGGUAGCUCCUUUCAGAGAUGGUAAAAUACCAAACCUGACAAAGGAGCCCACGUGAAAAGGGUCUCACGUUUCCUUCUCAAGGGGACUAGCGCACCGCUGUGAGGACGUUUCACUCGUUUAACUCUCCGAGGGAUGAGUCUUCACCUGAUUUCAGACUUCAGCGAUUGUGGUGGGAAUAAAAACAGAUGCUUUGUAGUAGCAUGUGGCACACCGUGUAAAUGCUAGUCCCCUGGCAGUGCGUUAGCUUUAGCCUUUUUGCUAACAACCUGGGUAGUCAUUAGCGCUAUGUUAAAUUCUUAUUUUCUCUUCAAAAGAUGAAUAUUUUUAUAUUUUUGUACCGUAUCAAAUGUUUAAACAUGUGUGCUAGCACUCAGCUGUUAGCACAUCAUUCUGCUAGUUUCAGCGUUAGCGUUUAACUUGUUAAAAAAAAUCUAGUUCUUAAUUUAAUAGCUACAGCAAAUUUUUUUUUAAAAAAGCAGUAGUUUCUGUGUGAUGAGUUGGUGGUGUAUAGAGGGAUGUAGCAUGAUUACUGCCAGUUUCUAGCAGCACUAGCAACAUAAGGAUAGCGGAAUUGCUAACAUUGUACAGGAUUAGAAGCUAACAGUGUCGUAUUUAAUGCUUCAUGGCACAUUUUUGAGUUAAAAAAAGAGAUUCGUUUUGAAAUACUAGCAUUCUUAGUGAGAAAUAUUUUUAUAUAUAUUUUUGAUAGAAAAUGCUUUAUCAUUUGUGUGUGUGUGUGUGUGUGUGUGCGAGAGAGAGAGAGAGAGAGAGAGAGAGAGAGAGAGAGAAAGAGAGGUUCAGUAGUAGCACUGCUAGCAUAAGCGCUAACCUUUAUCCAUGUGAUAUUUAAUCUGUAGCAGCUCUGACAAAUUGAUAAAAUGUAGUGUUGAGUGUGAAAUUAACAAAAGGAGAAGAACUGAAAGCAGGAAGUAGGCAGAGUGCACGGUUAACCAGUUACUAAUUAGCUUCCGAGUGCACAGUGGAGCGCCUGAGUGAGCGUUACAUAUUUCUGAAUUUCUCUGAAUUAUUUAUGAUUCCUAACUGGACUCGGACUGGACUCUCAGUGUCACCGCUCUGACCCUGACUGAAUGUUUUGAAUGUUUCAGGAAACCUUUAGAUUUUUAUUCUCCCUGAAGAUAAAUGAAUAAUUGAGUGUGUUAGUUAUUAGCCGUAGAGUAUUAGCACUAUUGGUGGAUGCUAACACGCUACACAGAGUCCCCUUUGUUUUUGUGUUAACAGUAUUAGCAAUGUUUAACACUGGACCAAACCUGUUACCAUGGAGACACUGGAAACAGAGUCCAUACUGAUGUGCUAACAUUUUGCUAACUAAUUCUGAGAGGAUAUUCUUUCACCUUAAUUAGUUCCUUCCUCUUAUUGGGUCAACUUUAGUCCGAACACGACGUUGGUGUUUACGUGAGGAAACCUCCUGGUGUUCAGAGUAGAGUUACGCUCAGCUGAAGAGGAUGUUCUGACCGUCCACAUCCAGAUUAUUUAACUCAUGUGUAAACAUCACACCUAAAGGUUGCCAGAUCUUUCAGAAUUCCUACUCCAGGGUUUUACACUGGCGUCUAGAUCACUGCCUUCAAACACGAACACUGUCCUUUAACCUGGAAAAAAACAGGGAUAGAAAAUACUGACCAGAGAAGGCUUUACUCUCUUUUAUUUAAAAAGU